AUGGCCGUCAGCAUAUUCUUACACUAUGCGGGGACGGCGUUCCUUUUCAUGGCCAUGAUCCUCACCAUCGUGGUCGACAUCUCAGCGCCUGUUGUCAAGGACAUCUCAUUCGUGAGCCUCGACCUGCCUGGCAACGCUGAUGCCCAGUUUGGUGUGUUUGGCUACUGCUACCAGGGCGUCGUUGGAUCCGAAUCUACCUGCUCCAGCGCCAGCAUCGGCUACGAUGCCGCCGGAGUCCUCGAGCGCGUGGAUGACACCACUUUCAGCAACGUCCGUGCUGACGGAACCAAGGCUCUCACCAACGUCUUCGUGCUGCACCCCGUGGGCACCGGUGUCCUUUUCGUCGCUUUCCUCCUCAGCCUGAUUGCCAAGUCCACCGUUGGCGGCAUCCUUGCCACGCUCGCGGCCGCCGUCGCCACGGUGAUCAACAUUGUCGCCGUCGCAGUGGACUUUGUCGUCUUCAGUGUCCUCCUCGACGAGGUGAAGAAGGGUACUGGCGAUGGAAGCUACGGGCCUGCCAUCUACAUUGCCCUUGUGGCCGCCAUUCUCUCCCUCAUCUCCACCGUCCUCAUGUUCGUGACGUGCUGCGCUGGUCGCCGCCGUCGUCGUCGCGAGUCCAGGAAGAUGGCCCAGUACUAA